AUUCCGUAGAUAGUGGGAGUGUUGAUGACAUUUGAUAUAAUUGAUAAGUUUGAUUAAGAUGGCCUUAAAGUCAUAGUGAAAAGCUCACAAUGAGUAAUAACAACACUAUUCACAAUGAUAAAGGGCAACCUAUCACCAUUACUGAAAUGUUGCAGUUGGCACAUAUCGGGGUGCCGUCAGAUCAAGUAACAUGGUCAAGAGUCACUAUGAUAUCAGAUAGAUGGAUAGCUAUCAGACAUGGUAAAAGUGAAGACAAUGCACAAAAAGCUAUGGUAACAGUUUUAAAUCCCAAGGAUGGUUCAAUAUCUUAUGCAGGUCAAACUACUGCUGAUUCAGUUAUUAUGAAUCCAACACAACCUAUUAUGGCCUUAAAAGCUGGUCUGAGAUUUGAAGUCUUUAAUCUUGAUACUAAAGUAUUAAUUAGUAAAACUAGAUUACAUGAAGCAGUGGUAUAUUGGACAUGGGUCAACUCUGAUGUCAUAGCUAUGGUAACAGAAACAUCUAUAUAUCAUUGGGAUCUGUGGCAAGGAAGUUGUCCACCAGAGAAGAUGUUUAAUAGACAUAGUCGACUAGCUUUCAGUGAAAUAGUCAGCUAUAAAACUGACCCUGCAGUAAAAUGGUUAGCUGUUACAGGAAUGACUCCUGAGGAUGAUAAGAUAUCUGGAGUAACACAGCUAUAUAAUUUAGAAGAAGAUAUAACUCAGUGUAUAACAGCCCAUGCUGUGUGUUUUGCUAGUUAUAAAUUUACAGAUAAUCCUUGUCCUUCAACUUUAUUUUUCGUUUGUACCCGAGAUGUUCAUGAUCAUGGCAAGGUGCAUGUUAUUGAAUUAGGUCCGUAUAAAGUUGGUAAUUUUGCACCAAGGAAUUGUUAUGAUCAUGUACAAUAUUUAGAUGAUACAGACAGAUAUGAUUUCCCUAUUUCUUUACAGGUUUCAGCAGAAUAUGGAAUAUUAUUUGUUAUAACUAAAUAUGGUUAUUUAUAUAUUUGUGAUAUACAGACAGCCACAUGUUUAUGCUGUGCUAGAAUCUCUAUGGAUAUUAUUUUUACCUCCACAUUAAAUACAGAUACACAGGGUAUUCUAGGUGUUACUAGAGGUGGUCAGGUUCUGACCAUAGAUCUAGAGAAGGAAAGUGUGAUAUCAUAUUUACGUGAAACAGGAAAGAAAUCCCACCAAGCUAAUAGAUUGGAGCAGGCCAUUACAACUCCAUAGUGUACAUCAAGAGGUAUAUAGUCUCAGAUCUUAGAUAGAUGCCUGAUAAAUUUUAUAUUAGUUUUAUAUAUAUAUUUAUUUUGUCUUGUAUCAAAUUGACUUAAGAAGAAAACAGUCUCAAAGUUUUUAAAGUUGAAUGGAAGCAUGAAUC